CAGUCUCAAAUUAUUACGUUCUCUUCAAACGAUCGUUGCUGGUAUGCGAAUCAAAUCAAUUAUCAGCAUGAUAAUUCUGCUGAAGAUCGUGAUUUUCGGAAUUAUCACAAAUUGCGUGCAAUGUGAACAUUCAAAUGUAAACAACAUCGAAUCGCUGGAUUACUCAAGUCGUCGUCGUCAGUUUUCGAGAGCUGUAAGCUCAAAGAAUAAUGAAGACCCCGCCACUCUGUUCGAAAAGCUACCUGCUGUUGCUCGUCUCGUCACUGCUAUUGCAAUAAUCAAUGGAUUCUCUGAUGGCUCAAUCCCCGCCGAUCCAGUCAUUGCGGAAUUCUUCAACGUUGACACAGCAAUUCUUCAACAACUAGAGAAGUUCAACAAGGCUUCUGUAGAUAAGUUUGUUGAAAGCUUAAACAGCGCGGCAAUUGACUCAAACGAGGAUACAUUGAAAGUUGAGCAGGCGAUGAUUAAUAUUCAUGAAGUAAAGAUGGCAUGGAAAAAGAUUGGAAGCUUAAGCAACAUACCUGCAAAGAGUACAUUAGAUCCUCUUUCAACUAUCGCAUCUUGGGAUUUAUCUGUAUUGAAAUCAUUUGAUUUGAUCAGCACAUUGCAUUUGAUCGAUUCAGAGAGUCCAUCCGUUUUAGAUUUGAAAAAAAAGCUGGAAACAUUAACUUCCGCUGUCAAGAAACUUCCCACUCCAAAAAAAAUGAAACCUUUCAUUGAUUUACUUAAAAAAUGGACACCUUUCGAUCAGUUUGCGGAUAUCGUUGGGCUGCAUCUAGGCUACUCAAGCAUCUUAAGUUAUCCUCUUACUAACUCCAAGUUUGACAGUAACGCAAACGCUGUUAACAACAUCACUGCAGUAGAAAAAAGCAGCAUUAUUCUGAUGAAGGAUGUCGCAGUUGCACCGUUUUCGCCUGCCAAUCGUAGCUUCACAGCGGGCUUUGCAAACGGAUUUUCCGAUAUAGAAAAGCUCACUAGUGAUUCGAAAGAUCGUUGGCUUCACAGUCUUCUCGAACCGUCUGUUCCUUUGAGUGGCGUCAAAACAUUGACAAACUUUGGUUCUGAAUUGAGAAAACUCGAUGACAAAUGGAGACCAGUUACCACGGAAAAUCAUUAUCACACGAUGAAAAAAAUGUCUGCUCUUCAAAAUCAUCUUGAAAAAACAAUGACAUCAAAAAAAAUUAAAGCGACCGUCGAUAGAAUAAAAGACAACUGCGGUACGGGAGAUGCUGAGGACGGCUUAACAAGAAAAAUCAGAGAAGGAGUUGAUAACGCAGCUUUGCUUCUAAAAACGCUCAAAGCAAUUGAAUUCAUUUCUAAUACAUUAACCAACAAUGUCGUGAAUGAUUUCAAAAAACUUUCUAGCAAUUCCAACUCUUCUGAAAUUCAGAAAAUUGGCACCAUGUUGCGCUCUUUCACUCGAAGUUUAAAAUUGAUCGAGGACCUUCAGCAACAUCUUCAGGAUCGUGUUAAAGGAGCUCUAGAGUUAAAAUUCUUCCACGAUACAAAAAUACCAUCUCUGAUUGCCCACUUCAACUGCCUCAAAAACAGACCCGACGAUACCGAAAAGAUUGCCUCAACUGUAAGAUCGAUCAGGAUUCUUCGAAAAUUGAAGGCAGAUUCGAGUUAUAUCAAUAAUUUCAAUGAGAUGUCAUCUGUUCUGUCGGGAUCCUCACAGUUUAUUGUAUCACUACGCAAAACUGUUGAAGAGUACAAAAAGGAUAACAGUUCCGAAGUGAUUAUUCUGAAAAAACUGAACGCCUUGAAAGAUCUUUCAAAACCGUUUGGUGAUGCCAUUGGAGCACUUGUUUCAAUCAAAAAGGCUAGCAGCGGAUCAGAGUUGGGAACUUUCGUGACAAAUGGAGAGUACACUCAAGAGAUGGUUCCCAGGCUUGGCACUGCGGAGCUCAAAACGCAGUUUGAAAAAUAUUGGGGAGAUUUUGAGGCAACAAAACAACAGGUGGACAUGUUUCGCGCUGAUGCAAGAUAUUGGGAAAAGUCAAUUUCGAUUGAGAAAAACUCAAAACUAUCCGCUUAUGGGCAAAUGUUCAAAGAUUUAGCAGACUUCAAAUCAAUCGAUUUGGAGCUUGAAAACCGAUUGGAGGCUACUGAAGGAUUUAAUGACAAUAAGCUGAAUCCGGAAAUAACACAGCUUGUGGCUGAAUUUCGAGAUUCUCUCAUGAAACUUUCCAAGUUGGACCUUGAUUUUUCUCGCUACAAAUCUGCGUUGAAUAUUAUGCCGGACGUGUUGAAGUCUGUGGAUGGUGGCUUCAAGGGCAAAAGGAUUGCUUUACCUGUUAUUGGAGGUGGAAAUGUCUCGACAACUACAGAGUUUGCAAUUGUUGUUGACACUAAUAGUACUCUUGUGUGCACUGUUACGGUAUUGAUUAUUGGUUCCAUCCUGGGAAUUAUCGCCUUUUUAUGGUGCUGGCGUGAUCAGAAUUGCAUCUAUCAUAAGCUCAGGAGACGGUACGCGAAGCCAACCUAUAACAUGCAGACUGCUCGAGAACCGGAACCGAAUACUCCGAAACCGGCUGCAAGUCAUUCUGACCCGGAACCGAGAGAUUUGUGGCGCGAAGAGAACAAUCUGCACAGCAUUCCGUGAAAGUGCCACCACCUCCACCACCUCCUGUACCGACUGCGCCUCCAGCAAAGACUCCAGAAACUGCGCCUCUUCUUGUCCCAAAGCCAGUUUCCAACGCGGAGAAUGAUGCUGCAAAGCCCACAGAGAGUGUGAAGGCAAGCCCAAAAGAUGCAAAGACCAAUACGGAAAGCGAGGAGACCAAGAUGUUGAGAAGAAGUGAACAGAAGGCCCAGACUGAAUAGAACUAUUUUAUGAAAAAUGAAUUUUGAAAAGGAAAA